GCCCCCCCCGAGGACCUGGGAGAAAAGCUGGAGGGAGCCGGUCCCGGCAGAGCCGGGCCGGGGAGGUAGCAGGCGGCGUAGGGUCCGGGGCCGCGGAGUGGGGCGGGGCCCUCGGGGGGCGUGUCAGGUUUGGCCAAUGAGAGUGCGGAGGCCGGGAGGGGGCGGGGGUCAGCCUCCGGGACGGAGGGAGUUCAUCCCUGGAGGGUGGGUGUCCCAGGUCCCCCCGAGAGGGCGGGUGCCCGAGCCCUGCCCCGGAAGGGCCAGGCCGGAGCUCACCCAGGAGGGCUCGCCUCACCAGGACGGUGCCCAAGCUGACCCCUGCGAAGGCAGGUACCCGAGCUCGCUCCAGCAGGGCGGCCCCUGACCCACACCCCGCGCGGUGUCGAGCCCCUGCCAGCCGGGUGCCCCUGACCCGCUGCUCUCAGCCUCUGGCCCGCUCCCCGCCAAGCUCCCCGCACCCCGGGUCCCCUCCUUGGUGUCACCGCAUCCCCACCCCUGGCCCAGGUUCUGAAGGCCAACCGUACAGCCAGAGGCUGUGGAGGCCUCCGUGGAACCGCGGAAUCUGGCGCCAGCCGAUGUGGGUGGGGGGAGCAGACAGGGCCCUGCUGCCGGAGGUGAGGCGGUGGGGCGGAGCUGCCCUGCCUGGGGGCCUGCAAGGCUGAGCCGUCGCCCACCCCCACCCCCAGGCCACUCCAGAAGCCCCUCUGGUUCUGGCUGGAGGAGCUGGGCAAAGUAGGCCACACUCUGAAAGCCACUCCGUACUGACGGCGGGAGGGUGCACUGUGGGCCUGAAGAUCCCCCAGACCCCCACCACAGAGACCCCGCCAGCCCCUUAACCACAGGAGUCACCUACCUGAGCCGCAGUCGGCAACCACUCUGCACCUGUUUCCCUCUAAAAAUGGGGCACUGAGACCAGCCCGUGCUGGAGGGGAGGGUCCCUGUCUCCAGUUCCAUGGUGGCUGUGUGCCCGAGACCCAGAGUUGUCUGUCGUGGAGGGCGAGAGCCACUUGUGGUCUUCUCCAAGAGCCAGAUGGGCCCUAGGUCGCACGGCCAGGGGCUGGAGAUGCCCCGUCCGGCAUCCCCGUCCUCUCCCACGGGCCCUCUCAGGGCCGCCUGCCUCCUGCCCCAUGACUCAGCACCUUUGCCCAGCACAGCAGGACUUUUGCCCCCUGCCCGCUCCUCCAGCCUCCUGUUCAGAUCCCUACGGGGUCUCCCAGCAACGCCUGCCCAGGAUGCGGGAAGUCAGGGCCUCCAGGGGCCAGGGCCAGUCCCCCAGCAGGACUGGCACUCUGGACCUGUCCCGGGUCAUGCUGCUCGUGUACGUGCUGGCAGCCCUGGAGCUCGCCUGCCUCUUCAUGCAGUUCUCAGUCAUGCCAUACCUGUCCCGGAGGCUGGGCCUGGACUCUGUUGCCUUCGGCUACCAGCAGACCAUCUUUGGCGUGCUUCAGCUGUUGGGCGGGCCCGUGUUUGGCAGGUUCGCAGACCAGCGCGGGGCGCGGGCAGCGUUCACGCUCUCCUUCCUGGCGUCCUCAGCGCUCUACCUGCUCCUGGCUGCCGCCUGCAGCCCGGCCCUGCCCGGCGUGCCCUUACUCUUUGCCUCGCGCCUGCCCGGCGCCCUCAUGCACACGCUGCCAGCCGCCCAGAUGGCCAUCACGGACCUGUCUGCGCCUGAGGAGCGGCCCGCGGCCCUGGGCCGGUUGGGUCUGUGCUUCGGCGUUGGCGUCAUCUUCGGCUCCCUGCUCGGCGGGACCCUGAGCAGCACGUGCGGGAUUCAGUGUCCGGUCAUCGUGGCUCUUGUGGUCAACCUCCUGGGAGCCAUCCUCAGCUUCACCUGCAUCCCCACAAGCACCAAAGGGGCCAGCGCCCGUGCCCAGGCUGCCCUGCCAGGGAAACCCAAGGCCAGCGUGUUUGACCUGAAGGCCAUCACCUGCCUGCUGCUGCAGCCCGGCGUCCUGCCGGUGUUUCUGGUCAAGGUCAUCUGUGGCUUCCCCUCAGGGCUCUUCAUGGUCAUGUUCUCCCUCAUCUCCAUGGACUUCUUUCAGCUGGAGGCCGCCCAGGCCGGCUACCUCAUGUCCUUCUUCGGGGUCCUCCAGAUGGUCUUCCAGGGUCUGGUCAUCGGGUGGCUGAGCAGCCACUUCUCUGAGGGAGCCCUGCUCCGGGCCAGCGUGCUGGUGUUCAGCGUGGUGGGACUGGCCAUGGCGCUGAUGGCCAACGUCUUCCACUUGUGCCUGCUCAUGCCCGGCCUGGUCUUCAGCCUGUGUGCCCUCAACGUGGUCACCGACAGCAUGCUGACCAAUGCCGUCUCGGCCUCAGACACGGGAACCAUGCUGGGCCUCUGCGCCUCUGUGCAGCCGCUGACCAGAACACUGGGGCCCACCCUGGGAGGCCUCCUGUACCACAGCUUCGGAGUCCCUGUUUUCGGCCACGUGCAGUUCGCCGUCAACUUCCUUGUCCUGCUGAUCCUCUGGAGGCAGCCUGUGCCCCCAAAGAUGGACAAAGCCUGGUGACCGUGGCCCCCAGGCACAGACUGGCAAUAAACUCCCUUAGGACCUC